GCCUCUCCCACGCCCUCCCACUCAGUUUCAUCUCUGGUUCCUCUCCACACUCGUCCAUCCUCUCUGCUUCUUGCUGCCUUUCCUUAACCCAUUAACACCACUGCAUUCCUCGAUUUGUCAUAUCAUUGCGCCAUCAUUGUAUGUAUUUGUACGGUGCUUAUUCUUUUUAAUCUCUAUCCGUUCCUCCACCGUUCAUCCAGACAUUCGUUCAUCGUCUCCUGCCCCGUUCACUCUCUUCCCGACAUUCCCAUCAACUUUAUUGCAAAGAUAGUUGACCUUUGGAGUGCAUUUGCCUCCCAAUGUCGGAGACUCAUCAUGAUAACGAAAGUUACGAAUUGCUCACCAAUCCAGAGUCUUUAGAGCGAAACGCCGUUGAAGGCCGCAACAGUCAUCGCCGCAGCCUCUCACAACCGGCCAACGCCGAGGCACUGGAGAGUCACCACCUGGGACUACCUGGCGAACUCUCACGACCGCAUCGAGUGAGGUUUCGAUCUUUCAGCCAACAUCGAGAUGCCGACAAUACCGAGACUACCGAGAAACUCUACUCGAAUACCUCCAACAGCUCCACCCGGACGCUGCUCAAUUCUGCGCCAGGAUCCACAGAUGUUACCGAUAUGCUAAAAGCAGAGCAAUUCGAUGAUGGGACAGAUAUAACAUCGAGAUACGAUGGGUCGGGUUACCUCAGCGCCCAAUAUCCGCCUUCUACCCCCGAACGCAUCUCCGAAGACUCCACAACCAGGGAGCGAACGCCGAACCGAUCGAAGUCUGUCAAACAGAGAUGGAAGGAGGCAGGUCAGUUGAUUAGAAAAAAGACGGUCCGUUUGGGAGAACGCCUGGGUAGACCUCUGGAUGACGGCGAGGCGCUGGGAGUCUCCCUUUUGCCGGAGGACCUGGAAGGUGGGAUGCCGAUACGCAGGUUCCAUAGCCAGUACCAGAUGCCUGUGGGCGAUGAUACGGACGACGAAAACCGACCCAACCCCAGCGCAGAGGCGCACCGUCUUGUUCGACGGAUGACUCAACACAAUAAUCUGCGCCAUCGCAAACCGAAACCUGCGUACCAACGUUCUGGCCAGAGCACUCCCGAGCGGCCCAGUUCGUGGUACGAUUCCUACCGUCCUCUAUCCUUCAGCGGAGGAGGUGGGAUUUUGUCUCAACUGCUUAAGCUGCAGGCUGCGCAGAAUGAAAAGGAUGGUUUGUCGGCCACCGAUGAUUCCGAUGAUGGCUCUCCCAUGUCCUCGGGAGCUACAACGCCCAAGUCAGGAUCGGCAACUCCCAAGUCGGGGGCAGUCACACCCAAGAAGGAGAAAGUCAAAUGGUACAAGAAACCGCACCAUCGAUCGACUGCUUCCCUGGUGGAAGCAUCGAUGAACUUGACAGCAGAAGCGGGGAAGAAGAAGGCUUAUCGCAAGCAUCGGUUGGAAGAUGAAAUCAAGGUGACCGUGCAUAUUGCAGAGAUCCUGGCACGGCAUCGGUAUAUCAUGCAGUUGUGUCGUGCGCUGAUGCGGUAUGGUGCGCCUACGCACCGAUUGGAGGAAUACAUGACCAUGACGGCGCGGGUCCUGGAGGUCGAGGGACAGUUUCUGUAUCUGCCUGGUUGUAUGAUCAUGUCCUUCGAUGACCCUGUCACGCGAACGGCCGAAGUCAAGCUGGUUCGUUCGACGCAGGGGGUCGAUCUGGGACGAUUGGCUGAAACGCACAACGUUUACAAAAAUGUCGUUCAUGACCUGAUCGGAGUCGAAGAAGCCAUCCAGGAACUUGACGAAAUCAUGAAGCGCAAGCCGCGUUUCAAUAAAUGGAUCCUGGUUCCGGUCUACGGUUUGGCUGGCGCCGCGGUCGGCCCCUUCGCCUUCGACGCCCGGCCUAUUGACAUGCCUAUCAUCUUCAUUCUUGGGUCGCUCGUCGGUCUGAUGCAGCACGUCAUAUCUCCCCGGUCCACUCUCUAUUCCAAUGUGUUCGAAGUGACAGCAGCAGUGUUGACCUCGUUCCUGGCACGCGCGUUCGGCUCGAUCCGCAUAACUGUGGACGGCCAAAAACAGUCCCUCUUCUGCUUCUCCGCUCUGGCGCAGUCCUCCAUUGCCCUGAUCCUACCCGGUUUCAUGGUCCUGUGCAGCAGUCUUGAACUCCAAUCCCACCAGAUGAUUGCAGGUUCCAUCCGCAUGGUCUUCGCCAUAAUCUAUUCCCUCUUCCUUGGCUACGGCAUUACAGUCGGCACGACCGUCUACGGCCUCAUCGACGGCAACGCCACCUCCGAAACCACCUGCCGUGACCUCUCAAUCUACGGCAGCAAGUACAUACAACACUUCAUCUUCGUCCCCAUCUUCGUCAUCUGCCUCGCCGUCAUCAACCAAGCCAAAUGGAAACAAGUCCCCGUCAUGAUCUUCAUCGCAAUCUGUGGCUACAUUACCAACUACUUCAGCACAACCAAACUCGGCUCCCGCUCCGAAGUAGCCAAUACCGUCGGUGCCUUCACCCUCGGCAUCCUGGGCAAUCUAUACAGCCGCUUAUGGCACGGUCACGCGGCCACCGCCAUUCUACCCGGUAUCUUCGUCCUCGUGCCGUCAGGGCUGGCCUCCUCCGGCUCCUUGAUCGCCGGCAUCAACUAUGCGAAUCAAGUCCGUGAGAAUCUGCACAAGGGCGGUAAUGAUACCGAUAUCAGCAGCCAGGAUACGUCCAUCGCUAGCUUAGGUUUCGGAAUGAUCCAGGUAGCGAUCGGUAUCACUGUGGGAUUGUUCAUUGCGGCGUUGGUUGUAUACCCGUUUGGAAAGCGCCGGAGUGGGCUUUUCAGCUUCUAG